GAACAAGGAAGUACUUUUCUAAUACCAGUUGGUAUCCUUGGUAGACUAUAGAUCAGCGGGUUUAUAGUGUGCGUUUCAGGAAUAUUGUGUGAAGGAUUUUACCAUGCCUAUCCAUGACACCUGCUCCUCUGGGUCAUCCAGACUUUCUUUAGAAAACUCUGUCCUUCGAGGUGGGAAGCUACUGUCUCAGCCACGCUGCAGACUUGCCCUGAACCUGCCUGGCACUGACUGGCCAAGCAUUGGUCCAGUAUCUGAGCCUCGUGUGAACCAUCCUCAGACGCUUUCAUUGGGCCCUUCUUGGGAGGAAGAGUCCAAAAAGUCUGGCAUUUCAAAGCUGACCUCCCAACCCCUGUUGGCCUCUAAGUAUGCGCAGACCUCAAACCUUAUUCUAAACUCUCAGCUUGUUGUGAAUUCUCCUUCCACUGAAGUAUGUGAUCUUUCUUCCCCUCUUAUGACCUCGACAUCCACAACUCCUAAUAGUCUGAUUUUAAAUCUUUCCAAUUCUGCUCUCGCCUCAAAUCUUUCACUUCAUUCUAAGCUUGAAGUAGCUUCAAAUGCCUCUCUCUUCUCUAAACCACUUGUUAACUGCAAUUCUUCCUUGGCCUCUGAGUUCGUGACACCUCAUGAUACUGUUCUUUCAAAUCAUGUUUUGAAGACACAGUCAACUUUCUUUUCUUCAUCAAAAUGUAAAGACUCCAUUGAUCCAAGCAAGAUGAGUCUACAGACCCCUCAUCCAGUUGAUGUGCCCUCAAACCUAAACUCUACUUUAGUAGCUAGCCCGGGAAAAUGGAAAGAUCUUGUGCCUCAAGAUAGCUUGGCUUCACCUGAGAUUGAAUCAUCAUCAUUAUCAGCUGCUCUGUUACCUGAGGAAGAAAUUCUGUACAGGGAUACAGCACCAGUGCCUUCAGAGGCGAACUUGGAGAUUACACCUCCAAAAGAUGUGCAGUCUGUCUUCAUUGUGCCUGCUGCGAAGGAAACUCUCCAAACUUUGAAGCAACGACCUGACGCCCUCAAGAUUGAAAAGCCAAACACAGUACGGCAGAAAAAGAUGGCAUUACUAUCUGCUGUGUGCUGCUCACUUGUCAAUGGACCCAAUUUCUCAGACAAGUCAGACCUGACCCGGGUCAAUAUCCAGAGUUUGUGUGAGGAGAUUUCAAGGCUGGAUCCAGAAUUUGUGCUCAAGGUUGCCCUUUACACUCGUCAGGAGCUGAACAUUCGUAGCACAGCAAACUUCCUACUGGCUGUGGCUGCGUCGCUUCCUGCCUGCCGCCCUCAUUUGGGCAGGUAUUUCUGGGCUUCUAUACAGCUACCAUCUGACUGGAUGGAGGUACCACGGUUGUAUCAGAGCCUGGUUGGAAAAGAUGAAAAGUUAGUCCCGCUACCCUCCUGUCUGCGCCGGGCUAUGACCAUGAAAUUUAAGGAGUUUGGUGAAUAUCAGCUGGCCAAAUACAACACUCGGAGACAACGUGGGAAACAUGGACCAAAGAAACAAAGUGCAAAAAAAAAUUUAACUGUCUCCAGACCUAUAAAACUUGGAAAAUCUUUGGCAUUUUUGACCUCCUCUUUGAAGGGUCUGAUAGAGAAGUUUAAUACACCACAAUCUACUACUUGUAAGAAACAAAAGAAAGAAAAGGACCGCUUUUCUCUGAAGAGUUUGAUUCAACGGCUGCACAUCUCAAAGCCAGCUAACCAUGUCAUGAGUCUGCUUGGCUGCAAGUAUCCGAAGGAUAUUCAGUCUUUUUCCCGUAGUGGUCUUGAGGGACCCUGGCAAUCUCAACUUGCAGGUUGUAGAAUGAAACUUAAGCAGCCUGAGACGUGGGAGAGGGAACUGAGCCAGAAGGGAAACACAGGUCCUGUCUGGGAGAAAUUAUUGGAUAACAAGCAGGUCCCUUUCAUGGCAUUACUCAGAAAUCUACGGAACUUGAUCCGAGCAGGAGUCAGUGAAAGGCAUCACAAGGAAGUGACAAAACGUCUUUCUAGUCAGAAUAGUGUGAUUAGGAGCCGUCUCUUCCCAUUCCGGUUUCUUUCUGCUUACAAAGUGAUUCAAGAGCUAGAAAGUCAGCAACUUAAAUGUGAAAAGCCAUUUCCUUCCAACAUGGAGCUCUUUCAACGUAUCAUUAGAAGGGAGGGGAAAUCCUUUCCACAACUGCAAAGACACAAAUGGACUCCGUGCCACCUCAGAGCUUGCCUUGCCGUUCCUGCUUUGUAUCUGAUGCUGAAGAGCGAAAAGGAGGCACUGAAAAAAGCCAGGGCCUCGCAACCGGACAAGGGAAUUCUGCAAAAGUAUAAGAGGGCUUUGGAAGAAGCUGUUCAAAUCUCUGCUCGUUACAAUAUUCCCCCAUUACCAGGGCGCACAGUGAUCCUUUUAUGUGUCGACCCCUUGAUGUAUCAGCCAUGCCAUGGAGCUAAAGAACUGUGUUUGUCCAUGGAAGAACCAACGCUUGGCCAGAGAAAUGCCACUCCCACCCUCAUGGAGGUGGGUAUGCUGCUAAGUCUAAUGGUUAAAACCACUUCAGAAAGCACUGAACUUGUCUUGUGUAAUGAAUACUCUUUUGCUCUUGCUGAUGCCACACCAGACCAACUGCUUCAGAAUUUGGUCACCCUUAAGCAACAAGCUGAGGAUUUGCCUUCCUCGUCAGAUGUUGCCUUUGAACAAAAGGACCCAAUGGUUCAAUACAUGCAGGAGAUUCUCAUGAAGCGAACAAUGGUGGAUACCCUGCUGCUGUUCACAUCCUCUCCACCUGGGGGCGAGUUUCGCUCAGUACUGCAGCAUUACCGACGGGAAGUAAAUGCAGACUGCCUGUGUGUGACUGUCCUGCCAAAUGGUUUCAAUAGUGAGGAUAAACCUGAUCAGUGCAAUGAUGUCACUCUUUGUGGCUUUACAGAACAAGUCCUGCGGUAUGUGUCAGAGCGGGGUACAGCCCGCCUUAUCGAUCAUGUAGAAAAUGUGAAUAAGCGAUUCAAUGUUCCCGAAGACCCAGACAGUGUGAGGAAAAGCCAUGCAGCACCCAGGGGGAUCAUUGUGCCUGCGCCAACACAACGGUGGCGAAGCAUUCGCAUCUUUAUAUCCUCUACGUUUCGUGACAUGCAUGGAGAACGAGACGUAAUUAUUGGCAGAGUAAUACCAGAGCUGCGUGUCCGGGCUUCCCGUCAUUUUCUUUCUAUAGAAGAAGUGGAUUUGCGAUGGGGUAUCACAGAAGAGGAGGCAAAGCAAGACAGGCAGUUGUAUUUGUGUCUUUCUGAAGUCUCUCGAAGCCAGAUCUUUAUCGGGAUCCUGGGAGAGCGCUAUGGGCACAUCCCAGAAACGUAUUCCGUGCCACUCCUACCUGAGUAUAAAUGGGUUCAGACGUAUCCACCAGGACGUUCCAUCACUGAGCUGGAAGCUAUGCAGUUUUUGCAGAACUGUGACCCCAGUUCAAGAAGCCCUAAGGCUUUUUUCUACCUGAGGGAUCCUGAAGUUAUCCGUUCUGUGCCCAGUCGCUGGCUCUCGGAUUUUGCAGCUGAAUCUCAAUAUGCAGAAAUGCGGAUGCGUGACUUAAAGAGCAGGGUUACCAAAGAACCAACAGCCAGGAGCUAUAGAUACUCCUGUCAGUGGGGUAGUGAAAGAGAUGGAAAGCCAUCCAUGGCUGGAUUGGAGGACUUUGAAGCUCAAUUGUUAGGAGAUAUUUGGCAUGUCAUAGAGAGAGACUAUAUCAGGGAAGAGUCAGAUAUCGUUGAUGAUGAUGAGGAGCAGGAGGGUUUCCAGGAGUGGCAGGAGAGCGUUUCUUGUGCCAGAAAAAAGUUAGUUGUGAGCACAUGUGCCCACAUAUUGUCUAAAAGUAAAUCAUCCCCAGCAAAUGGACGAAUGUUACUUGUUUGUGGACAACCUAGCCAAGGAAAGACUGUCUUCAUGGCCGCCCUCGUAAAAGAAUUAAGACUUGCACCUUCAUCGUUGGUCAUCUACCACUUCACAGGAGCCACCCCUGAAGCACGAGAAGCAGAGAGCAUGCUGACGCGACUCUGCAAACAACUGAGUUUGCAUCUGCAAAAGGAGAGCUGCAACAUUACCUCAUACAGGGCCCUUCGUGAUGAGUUCCAUUCUCUCCUCCUGUUAACGUCCCGGUCUUUGGGCCGGAGUGGCACAUUGACGCUGCUGAUUGAUGGAGCUGACCUGUUGUGUGGAAAUGCAGGGGAGCUCACUUCUGACUGGAUCCCUGAACACCUCCCUAGGCACGUAAACCUGAUUCUGAGCAUGACUGAGGGCUCCUCUCUCUGCUGCUCCCUGGCCAGACGGAAGGACUCUGUGCUCAUGUCCUUAGGGACACUAGAACCAUCAGACCGAGCAGAACUGGUGAGGCAGAGGCUAGCUGUAUAUGGGAAGAAGCUGGAUGAGUCUUCCUUCAACAACCAGAUGCGUCUCCUGCUUAUUAAAAAGGGCUCACGAGACCCCCUGUACUUGACUCUGGCGAGUGAGGAACUGCGUGCUAAUGCUAUCUUUGAAAAGCUCUCUGAUGACAUACAAAAGAUACCUGCUACCAUCGGCCCAUUGAUACAAAGGAGACUUACGAGCUUGGAGGAAGAACAUGGGCAAACCUUUGUGACUAUUGCACUAACUGCCAUUUGUCUCUCACAGAAAGGACUGGAAGAGAGAGAUCUUCUAAGGAUCUUGAGCACACUGAAGAGUCUUAACUCUGUGUAUACUGCAAGCUGGAAUCAGAUGCUAAGUGCAGCCACACAUGCAAAGAACCUUCCAAUGGCCACAUUUUCCUUCCUCCUUAGGGGUCUGAAAAGUGUACUUGGUCUCUGGAACGUUGAUACAAGACUUUAUCUCCCAAAGUGCCUGCUGAGAGACGCAGUGGAGAAACGUUAUUUUAUAAGGCCAGAUGUUGCACAAGCUGUUCACCUUCUCAUGGCUGCUCAUUUUUGGACAGUGUGCUUUCCAGAAGACCCUGAAUCCAAUCCUCUGCCCCCUGCUGAGUGUGUGAGUGAGCUGUCCCAUCACUUGCUGUGCAGUCAGCAAUUACAUACUAUGGGUCACCUGCUUGCCCAUCUUCCCUUCCUGCGGACACAUGCCACGCUAGGCCUACUACCCCAUCUGUGCCAGGUCUACAGCCGUUACGACAAAGCUGUAUCAGAGAAGACCUCUUCAGGCCAAGGCCGCAAGAAAUUGAGUGAGCAGCCACCAGAGCCAUUUGUGCGGGAAUUCAGGGAGUUCAUUCAGCGCUCUCUUCCUAUUCUUUCAAGAACUCCAUCCCUGUUUUAUCAGCUGGCCUUAAAUGAGCCGGACUGCUCCCCAGUGUGCGCUCAAGCCCAAGCUAUUGUGGAUGCCCGGAUCUGCGAGGAUACCCAGCUCGUUAUGAAAAGAAGUAACAAACCAGGAUUCGUGAAUGUUUGCUCCAGCAAAUCAAUAGAGGUCCCCUCUUCUCCUGGCUGUGCUGCCCUGAGCUCUGAGGGAAGGCUGGCUGCCGUUGGCACUAGUGACGGCAAUGUUCACCUUGUUGACACAGACAGUGGCAAGGAAGUAAGAAUUCUUCACAGUGGCUGCGAUGGAGUGUCUGCUGGUGCAUUUAUCACCGCUGAUAUACUUUGUGUCUCGUCAUAUGAUGGAACCCUGGAGAUAUGGAACAUACGCGAUGGCUGCCGCAUGCACAGAACUGAAGCACACAGACGAAUGGUUACAGGGUGCUGUGUUAGUGCUGAUCAUAGACAACUCCUGACCUGCUCUCUUGACUCCCAGCUCAAGCUCUGGGAAACAAGCCGUGGUUCCCUCUUGAGUGUCACCUCUUUCCCGAGCCCUCUGAAUUGUGUGGCGUUUCAUCCUAGAAGAAAUGUAGCUGUGGUGGGAUCCUGGGAUGGAAAUUCAACGGUGCUGAAAUUGGACAGUUGGAAAAGAGAAGCUAUUCUUGGUAGUGGCUCCUCUGUUAGAGCAGUCUCUUUCUCCCUUGAGGGGAACAUGGUGAUAUCAGGGAGUCUUGAUGGCUGGGUGUCACUCUGGGCAUGGGAGGCUUGUGUCCAGCUUGCUCACUUCAGAGCCCAUAGUGGUGCUACUCUGACUACAAGCUACCUGCCGCAAGGAGAACAGUUAUUGACUGGGGGAGAAGAUGGCAAGGUGCAAGUGUGGUCAGGUGGUCUUGGAAGGAUGGCUGGGCAAAUACAAACAGAGAGCACACAGUCUCCUGCGCUAUGUCUUGCCAUCUCUCCUAAUAAAAAACUUCUGGCUGUUGGAUAUCACUCGGGUUCUGUCUCUAUCUACAAUGCUGACUCGGGUGACCUUGUAUCACAAUGCAUCUUUCCUGAUGUUGCUGUGGGGGCUGUUAUAUGGCUCUCGGACAGUAAACUGGUCACUGGGAGCUCAGACAGUUAUGUGCGGGUCUGGAACAUCUCACCUGAUGAGUCUCAUUGCAAGUUUUCUCUUCGUGGACACAAACGCGCUGUCCGAGCCCUGUCGGUCUCCUCUCGACUUUUAGCGUCAGCAUCUGAAGAUGUUUCAGUUUGCCUUUGGCUGUUAGAAGAUCUGCUAAAUGCCGUUUCACCUCCUGCCCCGGUCUCUGUUUUGCGAGGUCACUCUGCUCCAGUUACAUGCUGCUCAUUCAGCAAGGAUGGGCAGUUCCUAGCUACUGGAGGACAGGAUCGGUCUGUGCUGUGCUGGGAUGUCACCUUGAAUCCGCCUGUCACUGUACAUGCUCUGUUGUCUUGCCAUAAAGACUGGGUAUCUGACUGUGCCUGGACUGAGGAUACGAAAUUGAUCUCGUGCUCAGGAGAUGGGUCUGUAUGCCUCUGGGACAUCACACAGCAGCAAUGUCUCUUGCAGUUUGCAGGGCACCAAAGUGCUGUCAGCAGUGCUAUUUGUGUGGGAAAACAUGUGCUAUCAAGCAGUAGGGAUGGAUGUCUAAAGGUGUGGAAUUUAGAAGGUGUUGAGAUUUGUAGCAUCCCAACCCAUCGUGGGCAGAUUUAUCAAAGCAUCGCAUAUUUGGAAACCGAAGAAAGUAGGGAUGAUGCUGAGUUGGUGGUUUAUACAGCAGGUUCUGAUGGCUCUGUUUUAAGGUGGAACCCACUACAGAUGGACAAGGUACAAACACUAUAUGGUCACGGACAUGCGGUGAUAUCUUCGUUAGCCAGUCCCAGAUGUAAUGCCAUUGUCACAGCUGCAUUAGAUGGCUCAGUACGCAUAUGGGGAAUGCCUUGCAGAGAUGAGCAUCCUUUGCCUUAUCGUCACGUUGGUGCAGUAACAGCUGUUGCGUGGUCUCCAGACGCAGAGCUAGUGGUGUCAGGUGGAGAGAAUGGAGACCUUGCGGUGUGGAGGAACCAGAAGGUGGUGCUCUCUGUGCAGUGUAGCAAGCUUUGUAUAUCUUCGGUUGUGUUCACCGCCCCACGAUCAUUCUGUGUCGUUUCCAGUGAUAACAAAGUUUCCAGUUGGCUCCUUUUAUCUUCUAAAGGAGAUGGCUUAAGACUCAAGAAAGUGUACAGUGUAGAAAUGGAUUCCCUUGUGGUCGCUGCACAUAUUACUACUUCAAACCGGGUGCAGUUACAUACAGUGUCUGGGAAAAUAUAUCUCCUGGAACCAAAGACUGGUUUACUACAGUAUGAUUUGCGAAGUGUACUAGAUACCAGUUUCCAGCCACCACCAGAGCAACUGGAGCCUGGCACCAUUGUCACAGUAUCAAUACCGGACUUUGGCAUAUGCGACUCAGCCGGAGGGCUGUGGCUGCACACCACAGGGAUCAAUGGUUCUAAAGACAAGGCAGAUAAUUGGAAAAGAAUACAGAUUCACCAUGCAUCUGUCUCUUCUCUGCUCGCAACUGAUGGUUACGUUGUUUCAGCAUCAGCUGACAGGACUGUGAAGGUCUGGGAGUAUGACCCAUUCAGACAGGUGGGAGUUUUCCAUUGCGAGGGAGGAGUUACCAGCCUGUCACUCGCUCCUAAACUCCAGAGCCAAAUGGCAAAGGAGCUGUGUCAGAUUGCCUGCGGAGAUCAGUAUGGAAAUGUCUAUAUCCUCACUUGUAUUUAAAAAGUUGUGAAAAAUGUAACUUGACUGCCUUUAGCAUAUCCUGGCAAAUGUAGCCUAAAUGUUAAGGGUGUGUUUACAUACAGUACUAAGGAUCUGGAUAAUGGUAAUAGUUACAGUAUCAAUUUAUUCCAAGAGAUUAAUGUAUUUGCUAAUGUAGUACUGAUUCACAGAGUUGUCUAAAAUAAAUCCACAUAAUAAAGA